AUGCCGCGUCGUUUCAAGACGCACCGCAUCGCGCGCGCCGUCGUCGUCGUCGCCGUCGCCCUCGCGAGCGUCGUGAACGUCGUCACCGUCGUUGCGUCCGCCGACCCGAUGAUCGACUUUGAGGACGAGCGCUCGGACAACUAUCGCUCGUUAGUGUUCGGAAUCAAGUGCGGGGCGUGUAAGGCGGUGACGUCGGAGAUCGGGAACGCGUUCGCGCGCACGGCGAAGAGACAUAAGCGAGACGCGGACACGACGGAUGCGUUCGGGGGGCGGUACGUGUCGCAGUUCCGGACGAAACUCUCGCGAGAGGUGGACGAGGUGUGCGCGGAGAACGGCGUGGUCGAGCGCGAGUGGGGCUACAGCGAGAAGGGGGCGUCGAAUGUGAUCAAUACCACGCGGGUGUUCGAUCGAGCGGGGGUAAACCUGACGCAGGAGGAGAGCUCGAUGAUACAAAUGACGGUUUUCGGCUUGGGCAUCUUCACCAAGGAGCCGAGCGAGCGGUUUCAUUAUCGCGGACCGCCGGGGAGCGAAGAGCCGGGGAGCGAUAAUUUUUCUUUGAUCUCGAACACGUUCGCGAGGAAGACGUUGAGAGAGGCGUGUCAAGCAGUGAGCGAUAGCUUAGAGUUCGACGAGGCGAUCGACGAGGCGGUGUCGAGCGUCGAGGAAGGCUUCGAUUUUGGGAUCCAACACAAGCUCUGCCUGCAACUGAAUUACUGCAAGGUGAAGAAUAAGCGCGGGAAACGACAGAGCAUCGAGAGAGUGAAACAAAACGACGGAUCGGUCGCGUACGAGAUCCCAUCCGACGCCGUGGACGCGUCCGCCACGACCAAGGAUGAACUCUGA